UUUAAUACAAAAAUGUCAGAUGAAAUAAAAAUAACUUUAAAAGAAGCUCGUGCAGCAUUUAAAGAAAAUAAAUAUUUAGAUGUGAUUAAAAAAUGUAAAAAGAUAUUAAAAAAAGAUCAAUGUAAUUAUGGUGCACUUAUGUUAUUGGCGGCUGCAAUGAAAGAAAUAGAUGAAUAUAAAUCACAAGUACCAUUAAUUCUUCAAAAAGGUAUACAAAUUCAAGCAGAUAAUCCAUUAGCUUGGCAUGGUUUAAUAACUUAUUAUGAAAAAAAUUUGGAUGAUAAUGAUUGUUAUAACAAAUUAAUAUUGGCUUAUUGCAAACUUUUACAGAUUGAAAGUGAUUCUAAGUUUACAUUUAUUUUGAAUAAAAUCUCAGAACUUUCAUUACAACUCAAAGAUGUUGCAACUCUAAAUCAAUGCAUUGAAUAUUUAAGUGAAUUACAAAAAGAAUUGGAUGAUAAUAAAAUUAAAAUGAUUGAUAAAGUACUUGGAAGAAUUUUAUUAGAUAAUAUUAAUAAGUUAGAUAAAUAUCAAGAUUUAUUAAAAAAUGUUUUUAAAUCUUCAAUUACUGAUCUUGAUGCAAUUGAACAACAACAUUUUUAUAAAAAAUAUUUGAAAAUAUUAUAUGACAAAGAUGAAUUAACUAUUUUAAUGAAAGAAGCUAUAAAUAUGCAUCAACAAUUUCCACAAGAUAUAAUAUCAUUAGAAUAUAUAUGUCUUAUUUAUUGUGAACAAAAUAUAUUAGGUGAAAAUUUUUCUGAUAUUGAUAUGACACAAUUUUAUGAAUGUCUUCUGAAAUUAAAUAAAGAGUCUGAAAUUGCUACAGUUACUAAAGCAAUAUAUUUAAAAAAAUCAAAUGACUUGAUUACAGCACGAGAAAUAUUAAAAGAUAUGCUUGUAUUAAAACCGCAUUCAAUACAUGGUUGGAUGGCACUAAGUGAAAUAAGUAUGAAACUUUAUUGUUGGGAAGAUGCAGAAAUAGCUGCUAAACGAAUAUUAGAAAUCAAGGAAUAUAAAUUAAAAGAUGAAUUAAAAUAUAAAAUGGAACUAAUAUUAGUUGAAGCAAUGAGUAGGUGUAAUGAUAAACAUAAAUGGGAAACUGCUUUGCAAAUAUAUGAACAACAUUUAAAAACACAUACUUCAAUGCAGUUGGAUCUUAUUCAUGCACGUCUCAGUAUAUUAUUAAAUCAGCCAAAUGCAUAUAUUUUGUUGAAUAAUUUGGAAUCAAAACAUGAAACUAAAUCACAAGCUAAUAUUCUUCGAGCGUUAUAUUUAAAACAAAACAAACAAUUAGAUGAAGCUGUGAAUGUUCUUGAUUCAGUCUUAGAAACUUCUGAAACAUGGUUAUUUUUGGGUAUAAUCUAUUGGGAAAUGGCAGAAUAUAAUUACAGCUUGAUGGCUUUUUUAAAUGGAAUAAAAGCUGAUCGUUAUAAUUGGAAAUGUCUAGUUUAUUUAGGUCAUUAUUAUCGCGAAUAUGGUAAUGAUAUGGAACGUUCUAGAAAAUGUUACCAAAGUGCAUUACAAAUUAAUCCAAAUUCUGAAGAAGCUGGUAUUGGUCUAAGUACAGCAUAUAGACUUCUUAAAAAUCAAGAUGCAAAUAUCAAAUUGCUACAAGUAUUAACUGUACAAGGUAGUGGUCCUAGAUGGGCAUGGUUACAAUUAGGCUUGCAAUAUCUAGAUCAAGGAAAUGCAGAACAAGCUAUUAAAGCAUUUCAACAUGUUAUUAGAGUUGAUCCUAAUGACAGUCAUUGUUGGGAAUCACUAGCGGACGCGUAUUUUAUACGAGGUGCUUAUACAUCGGCAUUAAAAUCUUAUCAAAGAGUGUUAGAAUUGUGUCCAAAAUCAUUAUAUCCAAUGAUACAAUUAGCAAAUAUAAAAUUGAUUAUUGGUCAAUAUAAUGAAGCAAAGAAUGAUUUUGAACAUAUAUUAAUAUAUGAAUCACGUUAUAUUCCUGCUUUAAAAGGAUUAGCUGAAACUUGUUUAGCACUAGCAAAAGAAUAUACUGCAAAACAAUUUCUGGGUCGCGCCAAUGAUUGUUUACAACAAGCAAUGAAUAGUUUGAUUGUAGCUAUUAAAGAACGUAAGGAUACAUCCUGUAUUUGGAAGUUACUUGGUGAUAUAUGUUAUAGAGUAGCAAUAUUACCCGAGAAAUACAGUUAUUUAAAAGUAUCAUCCAUUUUAAUAAAAUAUGAAGAUAUAGAAAAUAUAAUAUUGCUUAAAAAACAAGAUAUGUUCUCCUUAUCUAUAAGAUGUUAUUGUUGUGCACUAUCUCUUUCUCCACAAUCAGCUUUACUAUGGCAUGAUUUAGCUUUGUGCUACUUAAUGCAACUACAAUAUGAUCCAUCAAUUAAUCAUAAAAAUCUUGCUAGUAAAAGUCUUGCUGCUGCAAAACAUGCUAUUAAAUUAAAUCCUUCAAUAUGGAUACAUUGGAAUCUCUUAGGAGUUAUUUGUAUGUCACCAUAUAUAAAAAACUUUGCAUUAGCACAACAUGCUUAUAUCAUGGCAAUUGAUACAGAAAUAAAUAAUGCCAUAGUAUGGUGUAAUUUGGGAACAUUGUAUCUAUAUACAGAAAAUUUAUAUAAAGCAAAUGAAGCUUAUUCUCGAGCUCAGCGUGCAGAUCCAGCAUACAUAAAUAGUUGGAUAGGACAGGCUUUAAUUGCCGAAAUGAUGCAUCGAAAAGAAGCAAUGGAUUUAUUUAGACAUGCAACACAAUUAGGAUAUCACAGUCAAGCUGCCAUAGGAUAUACUCAUUGGGUACUUGAUAUGAUUUUAAAUUCUGAUACCAAAAAGAACAGUUUAAAUAUAUGUGUUACAGAAAAUGCUGUAUUUGCUGCUACUGAUGUUAUGACAUGGUAUAUAGAAAAUCAUCCAAAUGAUUGUUAUGCUCGAAAUGCAUAUGGAUUACUAUUACAAAGACAAAAACUUUAUAAAUCAGCUGCAGAACAAUUUGCAGUAGCUGUAUGUAAUAGUAUUAAUAAUAAAAAAGAUCUAGUCUGUGUAAAUUUAGCACAUGUAUUAAUAAAACUUAAAAAAUAUAAUGAAGCUAUAAAAUUAUGUCAAACAGUUCAAAAUAUCAAUUAUAAUUCUCAAUGUCAUUUAGCAUUGGCUUUAUUCAAAGCUGCAAAAUAUGAAGAAGCAUAUACCACAUAUGAAACAACACUGCAAUUUUUGGCGAAUACAGAAAUAGAGAAAUCAUAUGCACUGUGCGCAAUGGGUGCAAUAGCAUAUACUUUUCAAAAAGUAAAUGAUGCAAAAACUUUACUUUUUCAAUGCAUACAAAUACAACCGCCUGUUAUAACUGGCCUUUUAGCAGCUGCAUCAUUAGGAAUAUUACAUGGUGAUAUCAAUUUAACUACAUUGGUAUUAAAUGAAUUGCAAUUAUAUGAAAAUCAUCUUGAAUAUGGUUAUCAUGUUGUGAAUUUAUCUGCAUAUUUUUAUUUAAUUGGAAAUGAUGUUAAAAAAGCUAUUACUAUUCUUUCUAAAGCAAUUUUUACACAUCCUAGUAAUGUAAAAAAUUGGAUUCGAUUACUCAGGAUAUUAUUGGAAACUAAUGUACAUAUGUUUAGCAAAUGUGCUCAGAAAGUAUUGUUCCUUAAUAAAUAUAUUACUUCUGAAAAUCAUGCAAAUGUUGCAUGUGCUCUAUCUUAUAGUUAUUUUAUGCAAAAUUUAGUACCAGCCAAUAUUAUAGCUAUGCAAAAACUUGUUUUCACUUAUCCUGGUAAUAUUGAAAGCUGGGCUAUGUUUAUUGCAGUAUUUUUAUCAAGGUCUGCAAUUAAAAGCCAUAAAGUUGAUAUCAAAUGGCUCACGAUGCUCAUAACUAGCAUACAAAAAAAUUAUGAAUCUACAAACUUGAUGGCUAAGUGGUUAAAUGACAGCAAAAAAAAAUUAAAAGAAAUCUCUAUUAAAUAAGACAAAUUUUUUCUUAUUUAUAAAUUUUAAAAUAAAUAUAAUAUAAAAUGUAAAUAAUUUGAUACAUAAAAAAAAUUUUAUAUAUUACGUUUAUUAUAUUAUGUUUUAAGAUUGAUUGAAAUAAAGAUAUAUAUUUUCUUAUU